AAGGCGACUUGGGCUUGAAGAUAAUUACCCACCUAAAUCUAGUUCCGACAAUAAGAAUGCGUGGAGCUAUACCUCAGCUCUCCAUACAUCGGCAUGGCUUGUUUCUUCGUUAAGUACCAGAAACAAAUUUUCAACUUUGACUUUGUACUUCAAGAAAUCGCAAAAAUCGAAUGAUAAUGGAUUUCGAUCGAGAGAGUGGAGUCUAAGAACCUUAAGCUGUGGAGAAUCGAACAAAUACAAGCCAAGCUACUGGCAUUGCCCUGGCACCGAACACCUCACGGCUCUUACUCUGGGGCAAGCGUUGGAUGUAGCUGCAGAUCGCUGGGGAGACAAGGAAGCCUUGAAGUCUACGUACCAAGGCCACAGCUUCACAUUCAAACAAAUAAGGGACAAGGCUGACAACCUUGCUGCUGGGCUCCUGCAACUGGGUCUCAGCCCCGGAAACCGACUGGGAAUCUGGGGCCCUAACUCCAGUGAGUGGUUCAUCUCCAGACUUGCCGCAGCCAGAGCGGGACUUAUAGCGGUGCAAAUUGACCCCGCGUACCAAGCGCCGCAGAUGGUGGAAAGCAUCAACAAAGUGGGCAUUAAAGCGCUCAUCUGUUCAGAUUUCUACAAGACCAACAGCUGCUACCAGAUAAUACGCGCUGUGGUCCCUGAACUGGAUAACUGCCCGGAGUCAGGGGUUGAGCUUAAUGGCUCCAGAGUUCCGACACUCAAAACACUGAUCUUCAUGAGCGAUAAGGAGUAUCUAGGAGCAUACAGACUCAGUGACGUCAUGGCGACUGCACGUCCAGAAACUCUGAAAGCAAUUCGAAAAUUGCAGACAAUGAUACAGCCUGACGACGGGUGUACAAUCCAGUUUUCAUCCGGUACGACGGGGUCCCCAAAAGGGGUACUUCUGAGCAAUCACAACUUGAUAAACAACGCCAGGUUUAUAGGACGGCGCCUUGACAUGAACAUGCUGGGGGCCAAGACACUGGCUGCCACCCAGUUGUGCCACUCCGCCGGCACUUUGGCAGUCCUCCUCUGUGGACUCAUCCACGGCAUAACCUCCGUCAUACCAGCACCUGUGUUCGAUGCCAGAAAGGUGUUGGAAGGAAUAAUACAAGAGAAAUGUACGCACAUUUUCGCAACCCCAUCUUUGUAUCUGGACAUGAUUACGACGUCACAAGACCUGGGCCUUAAGGUCACUACGCUUCAGGUGGCAGCUUACGGAGGAGCGCCAUGUUCCCAGAAGCUGGCCCUGCAGAUAAAAGAGACGUUCAACAUCAGGACCCUGACACCUGUCUAUGGAAUGACCGAGUUAUCGAGUGUUUUUUCUACAAAAUUCGGUGACUCCUUAGAACAAACGACGACGACAGUUGGUUUCGUCGCGGACCACACUGAGGUCAAAGUUGUUGACAAUAAAGGACGCAUGGUUCCCAUGGGAACUCCUGGAGAGCUAUGGGUACGAGGCUACAAUGUAAUGUUGAAAUACUGGGAUGAUGAAGAGAAGACACGUCAGUUCAUUAGUCCAGACGGAUGGGCGAAAACCGGGGACCACUUUGUGCUGCAUGAAGACGGAUAUGGUCGACUGGUCGGUCGAAUCAAGGACGUGAUCAUAAGAAUUGGAGACAAGAUCUUCCCGAAAGAGGUUGAAGAUUUCUUCGUUGGACACCCUGAUAUUCUUGAAGCAGAGGCGUUCGGUGUACCGGACCCUAAAGUCGGGGAGGAAAUCUGUGUCUUCCUACGGCUAAGAGUAGGUGUAACCCUCACCGAGCAGGAAGUCAGAGACUACUGUAAGGAUAAGAUUGCUGAGUACAGAAUACCGCGGUACAUUAGGUUCGUGAAGGAAUUCCAGAGGACCGUAAUCGGCAAAGUGCAGAAGUUUCGUCUGCUGGAGAAACUACAGGAAGAAAUACACGUAAUACAAAACUGAUAAAAUUAGUAGGAUUUCUGGUUUUUACAGAGGAGGAUCUACAGUAGCAAAUCAGAGAAACAUAAUAGAAUAGAACUUUUUUGUGUAAAUUGUGGAAAACAAUUACCAAAAACAGAAGGGAAACUGUUUAUCCAUUAAGAUCAGACUAUGAUGUGCUGGUUGUUCGACGACGCAUCUGAAUGGGCAUGAACUCUUCACAUGUUGAAUAUGUUGCUUUUAAUUUUACAUUCGUAAUUUUUAUAGAAUUUCCUCAAAGUUUCUCUGCCUUAAAAAACAGUAUGUUAAAAUACUUUCAUCAUUUACUUCUACAUAUGUUCUUUUAAUUUUUAAACUAAGUACUUUUAAUGGGUUGUGACAUGACGUCUAUUAAACUCUUUAAAUCAAUUGCCUAAAACAUAUUUUAAAAAGACUCAAUGCAAGUAAUCUGCAAUAGAUUUAAUCAUUGUUACUUUUAAGCUGUUCAAGCUAGUCGAUUCAAACUCUAAUAAUCAGCCAUCAAACUAAAUGUUCAUAUUUUGAAAGGUGAAACAUACAGAACAAAAAAGAAAUUACAAAGUCGUUUCGGCAGCAUUACGAAGUAUUUUCUAACACAGAUAAAGAUUUCUUUUUUGAAAGCACUCUCAAUUAAGCUGUAUUUUAUAAAUGAGAUAGGUUUAUUUGAGAACUAAUCCCGAAAAUGCCAUUUCACAAGAGAACGUCUUACUUAUCUCCUGUGUAGGUCGAAAUGCGCCACAUUUAAAGCAAUAUUU